GGGUCCCCCCGGCUGCCGGAUCCCGCCCUCUCUGUACGUUACUUCAGUGCCAGCCGGCUCCCGGACUGGCCGCUCCGCCGCCGCGCACCUGAGUUGGCACUGCCUCGGGGAGACCCGGCGAAGGGGAGGGCCGGGCCGGAGCUGAUCAUCGCCCGGGCGGGGGCAGGGCCGCGGCCUCUUUGCCGGCAGCACCACCUGUCGCGGAGCGAGACGUCGGGUGAAAGAAAAGAUGUUGUCCCGGUUAAGAGUAGUUGCCACUCCUUGUUCUCUGGCAUGCCGGCGUGUACACACAAAAGAGAAAGGCAAGCCCCUCAUGCUGAACCCAAGAACAAACAAGGGAAUGGCAUUUACAUUACGAGAACGACAAAUGCUUGGUCUUCAAGGACUUCUACCUCCCAAAAUAGAGACACAAGAUAUUCAAGCCUUACGAUUCCAUAAAAAUGUGAAAAAAUUAAAUUGCCCUUUGGAAAAAUACAUCUAUAUAAUGGGAAUACAAGAAAGAAAUGAAAAGUUGUUUUAUAGAAUACUGCAAGAUGAUAUCGAAAAUCUGUUGCCAAUUGUAUAUACACCAACAGUUGGUCUUGCCUGCUCCCAAUAUGGACACAUCUUUAGAAGACCUAAGGGAUUAUUUAUUUCAAUCUCAGACAGAGGUCAUGUUAGAUCAAUUGUGGAUAACUGGCCAGAAAAUCAUGUUAAGGCUGUUGUGGUGACUGAUGGCGAGAGAAUUCUGGGUCUUGGUGAUCUGGGCGUCUAUGGAAUGGGAAUUCCAGUAGGAAAACUUUGCUUGUAUACAGCUUGUGCAGGGAUACGGCCUGACAAGUGCCUGCCUGUGUGCAUUGAUGUAGGAACUGAUAACCCAGCACUGUUAAAAGAUCCAUUUUACAUGGGCUUAUAUCAGAAACGAGACCGAUCACAACGUUAUGAUGAUCUAAUUGAUGAGUUUAUGAAGGCCAUUACUGACAGGUAUGGACGGAAUACACUUAUUCAGUUUGAAGACUUUGGAAAUCAUAAUGCAUUCAGGUUCUUGAGAAAAUAUCGAGAAAAAUACUGUACCUUCAAUGAUGAUAUUCAAGGGACAGCUUCAGUAGCUCUCGCAGGUCUUCUUGCAGCACAAAAAGUUGUUGGUAAAUCACUCUCAGAACACAAAAUCUUAUUUCUUGGGGCAGGAGAGGCUGCUCUUGGAAUUGCAAAUCUUAUAGUUAUGGCUAUGGUAGAAAGUGGCCUCCCAGAAGAAGAGGCACAAAAGAAAAUUUGGAUGGUUGACAAGUUUGGUUUAUUAUAUAAGGGGCGGGAAGCUAAAAUAGACAGUCAUCAGGAAUCAUUUGCUCACUCAGCCCCAGAGAGCAUACCUGAUACUUUUGAAGAUGCAGUAAAGAUACUUAAACCUUCAGCUAUAAUUGGAGUUGCAGGAGCUGGCCGACUUUUCACUCCUGGUGUAAUCAAAACCAUGGCUGAUAUCAACGAAAGGCCUAUAAUCUUUGCAUUAAGUAAUCCUACAGCAAUGGCUGAGUGUACAGCUGAAGAAGCAUAUACACUUACAGAGGGAAGGUGUUUGUUUGCCAGUGGCAGUCCAUUCGAGCCGGUGAAACUAAGUGAUGGGCGAGUGUUCACGCCAGGCCAAGGCAACAAUGCAUAUAUUUUCCCAGGAGUGGCUUUAGCUGUUAUUCUCUGUCACACCCGGCAUAUUAGUGACCAUGUUUUCCUAGAAGCUGCAAAGGCACUGACAAGUCAAUUGACGGAUAAAGAGCUAGCUCAAGGGAGACUUUAUCCCCCUUUUUCCAAUAUUCAGGAAGUUUCCAUUAACAUUGCUAUUAAAGUUACAGAAUACCUGUAUGCUAAUAAAAUGGCUUUCCGAUACCCAGAACCUGAGGACAAGGCCAAGUAUGUUAGAGAAAGAAUAUGGCGAAGUGAAUAUGACUCCAUGCUGCCAGAUAUGUAUGAAUGGCCAGAAUCUGGACAAAGCCCUCCUGUGCUACCAGAAUAGAAGCGCCCACAAAUAAAUAUUGUCCGUGCUUCAGGGAACCCCUCUUUUCAGACAAAAAUAUAAUGUUCUCAAAUUUA